AUGCAUACAAGAUAUAAAAUUUAUAAACAUGUUUAUAGAGUCAGCAAUUUGGUGAAAAUUCAAACUGCUAAAAUUUAUUCUAGAUCUGGUGAUCAUUCUGGUGAAGUUCUGCCACUUGAACUAAAAGAAUUUGUCAAUUUGGAUAAUUCUCCAAUUUAUAAAGUUAUUAGCAUCAUUGAGGCUGCAAAACUUCAAUCCAAUUUCUUCAUGAGUAAUAAAGGAUCUUCUCAUAUACAACAGCAAUCACAGCUAUUUACUUUAGGGUCAUCUUUUGAAUCACCAUCUUUUGGCAGCAAUAUU